AUGAUUCUCAUUUUAACUGCAAAGAUGCGUCUAUCCAAGAUCUUACAAAUCGCAGUUCUUUCUAUGCUUACCCAAUCCUACCCUCUUGGAUCGUUGGAAGGCAAGGGAGAUCAGGGAGAUUUUGCCAAAUGUGAAGACCAAUUUUGUGAUUCUCAUAUGCUGACUCAUACAUCAGCAAGAACCCGAAUCACCAAACCAACAACUUCUAAAUCUAUAGCAGCGUAUGCAACUUAUAGUGCUCUGGAAACUCCUGUUAUUACUGCAAUUGGUCAAGAAGCCAAUGCUCAAAUGAUUCUUGCUAAAAAGGCAAACGAUGGAGAAGUCUGGAGAAACCCCAUCCAGUAUUCUAAAUUAAGUUACAAUGAAGAAAGUCCCGCAGCUACAAUUUCUAGACAACAUGCUUCUGAUGGCUCAACUAGAACCGUUCUGGUUGAUGAACUUGUCACAAAUUCUAAAGUUGCUAGAUCAUUCAUGCACGGUAUUGAGUUUGUUGGCGAGUUAGCUGGUGCUGGGGCCGCCCUUGAUGCUUUUAUGGAUGACUUUGACAACGGCUCUUCUACCUCCUCCUCCUCUUCCUCUUCCUCUUCUUCAGCAUACACCUCCUCAAGCACUUGUUCUCCGACACUCAAUACAUUGUGUCCGGUUGGUGAUGGCACUUAUAGAGACAGUAGAGGUGACAUCUACAAUUCUGUUGGUGUGUUGAUCAGCUCUGCCACUGUCACUGCUAUUGCCACUGUCACUGUACUUAGGAUUUCAACUGCUACUGCUUAA